ACAUCCUUAAACAAUUUAUUACCCAACGCCUUACCACGUGCCUUGACAGGUACUAUAAUAUUUGUGUAUAUAUAGACCAACCAGCAUGACUCCAAUCCACCCAUUGCCAAAGGAAAAAAAGCUCAGCAAAAAUGGCGUCCAUCCAGGACAAGCAUAGUUCUCAGGAGUUGCUCCAGGCCCAAGUUGAUCUUUGGCACCACGCGUUGGGAUUUGUCAAGUCCAUGGCACUCAAAUGUGCAAUGGAACUGCAAAUCCCCAACACCAUUCAACACCAUGGUGGUUCUAUGACCCCUUCGGAGUUGGCCAUGAAGACCGGACUCCAUCCGUCUAAGCUUCCCCGCUUACGACGACUCAUGCGUGUGCUCACCGUAUCAGGCAUCUUUGUUGUCCAUGAACCAGCCUCGCCAGACAAGGAGGUUGUUUACGGGCUUACCCCUACCACACGUCUCCUCGUUAGUGACAAAGCUAACUCAAACUUAUUUCCCAUUCUGUCUUCGAUGCUUGAUUCAACUGUCAUUUCCCCUUUCCUUGGCAUGCACUCAUGGUUUCUAGAUGAGUGCACCACGUCCCUGUUCAAAAAGGCUCAUGGCCUAAAUGUUUGGGAGAUGGCUGACCAGGACAGUACUUACAACCAGCUAAUCAACAACGCAAUGGUUUCUGAUAGCAACUUUCUCAUGGACAUCAUCUUGAGGGAGUGUGGUGAUGUAUUUCUUGGCAUAAACUCGCUUAUUGAUGUCGCCGGAGGUCAUGGUGGAGCUGCCAGGGCAAUUACGAAGGCAUUCCCGCAAAUGAAAUGCAGUGUGUUGGAUCUCCCUCAUGUGGUUGCAGAAGCUCCUGCUGAUGACCAUGUGCUGUUUAUUUCUGGUGAUAUGUUUAAGUACAUUCCACCAGCGAAUGCCCUUUUCCUAAAGUCUGUUUUUCAUGAUUGGGGCGAUGAAGACUGUGUUAAGAUAUUGAAAAAAUGCAAGGAAGCUAUCCCUCCCAGAGAUGCUGGUGGAAAGGUGAUAAUUGUUGAUAUGGUGGUUGGAUCUGGGCCAAAUGAGAAUGUAACAAGAGAGACGCAGGUUUUGUUUGAUCUCUUUAUCAUGUGUUUUGAGGGGAUCGAGCGAGAGGAACAUGAGUGGAAAAAGAUAUUCAUGGAAGCUGGGUUCAGCGACUACAAAAUUAUAGCAGUCAUGGGUGUUAGAUCUGUUAUUGAGCUCUACCCUUGAAUACUCUAUGAAAAAACUACCAUCUAUAGUCGGGUGUUUAUUAAUAUUUUGCUCAUGAGACAACGGUUAGUAUUAAGAUGAUGUGCCUAUGCUUCAGUUCUUACUCUCUAGUUAUUCAGCAUAU